ACUGACUGGCAGCACUGCUGGGCUGCACUGGUGGGUGGGCACAGGUGGGUGGCACUGGUGGGCACAGGUGGGUGGCACUGGUGGGCACAGGUGGGUGGCACAGGUGGGUGGCACUGCUGGGCACAGGUAGGUGGCACUGCAGAGUGGCACAGGUGGGGGCACUGCUGGGCACAGGUGGGGGCACUGCUGGGCACAGGUGGGGGCACUGCUGGGAACGGGUGGGCGGGGCUAGUGGGCGCACUGCUGGGCAGAACUUGCGGGUGUCACUGCUGGGCACCGAUCAUCAGGGCACUG